GACGUAAUCCACUGACAGUAGGUCAGUAGCACAGCAUUGGUUUCUUUGGUGUUAUAUUAGAUAACUUAUAUCGGCAAGCACGCGAAAAGGUAGCUAACUUUAUGUAGUUUACAAUAGCCAACCACGGUGAAGAAACAGAGAGUGUGAUAACCACAGUUGCUGCUUGAAGUUAUCCAUGGUUGGACUAAAAACUUGCUAGCCACCCCUACCUUAAGUCUAGUGUUAAAAAAAGUCAAGUCGCUAACGUUACAGCUAUAAGGCGAAGCUAGGAAAACAUUACUUGGCUAACAGGUUCCGUUGGCAGAGGUUGACUUUUCGCGCUGGUUGCUUGGCACUAACAGUAUAGUUGUGAAUUAGCGUUGCUGUCAAUUGAAUGUGUACAAUUGACAAACAAAGCUGUACCUUUAGUUUGGCAGCCGAGUGCCUUGGACGGCAAGAUAAUGUUAGCUAGCUAGCUAAAGCAGGCGGCAGCGUUAGCUUUAGCAAAACAAGAGGUCUGCUUAGGGAGUCAGCUGACAGCCUGCUGUGUAAGCUGCCGACAGACCAGUGAUGGAUCAACUCAAAGUAAAGGAUCGCAUAUUGGAAAACAUCUCCCUGUCUGUCAAGAAGUUGCAGAGUUACUUUGCGGCCUGUGAAGAUGAGACUCCCGCUAUCCGAAAUCAUGACCGGGUCCUUCAGCGCCUCUGUGAACAUCUUGACCAUGCUUUGCUGUAUGGCCUACAGGACAUCUCCUCAGGCUACUGGGUCCUGGUCCUCCACUUCACCAGGAGAGAGGCUGUCCGUCAGAUAGAUGAGCUUCAGCACAUAGCAACCAACCUCGGGCGAAGCCGUGCAUGGUUAUACCUGGCAUUGAGCGAGAGCUCUUUAGAGAGCUAUCUACGCCUUUUCCAGGAGAACCAAGCGUUACUGCAGAAGUAUUAUUUUAAGAAUGCACUGGUCUGCAGUCAUGACCACCUCACACUCUUCCUCACGCUGGUGUCCGGCCUGGAGUUCAUUCGCUUUGACCUGGAGCUGGAUGUGCCCUAUUUGGACGUGGCCCCCUACAUGCCAGAGUACUACAAACCCCAGAACCUGCUGGACUUUGAGGAAAGGCUGCCCAGCUCAGACAGCUUGUCCCUACACUCUUUCACCUCCCUUACCUCCACCAACCUGGAGUGGGAUGACAGUGCCAUAGCCCCCUCCAGUGAAGAUUAUGAUUUCGGUGACAUCUUCCCUGUGUUGCAGUCAUUGCCAAGUGCAGACUGGGAAGAGGGUGACCUGACCGACCAGGCCAGCUGUCCGCGAUCCAGUGGUUCUGAUCCCCAGACAGUCAUCAGCGACACAGUGGUCCUUUCUGCUGGCACUGUCAAGGCGACGGCAGCAGCUUAUCUUGCUCCACAUAGCCCCACGUACAGACACAACCCCUUCAACGAGGACUCGGACACUAACACUACCAACACCUCAGCCGACGGCACGCCAAUUCAUGUGGCCAGCCGCUACUACAGCGCCGCUGCUGGAGAUGACACCGAGAGCACGAGCAAUGAGCUGGAGGUCAUUAGGAUGGCCAGACGAAGGAAACCAGCCAAGAAGCGCCGAGGGAAGGGCUCCACAGAUUCUAUCGGCAGCAUCCAUAACUCUGUCUCCUCUGAGCACAUGGACAUGGACAACAGCCUCUUGGCAUCGGAGGAUGUGAAUUCACUUAACGGCACUGUGUUCCAGCUGGAUGCUGAGUCAGAGUUGAGGAGAAGCAGGGUGGGAUCACAGGUUGUGGAUGAAGGAGAUGAGGAUGGAGUAGAAGGCCUCCUGCGGCUCCCUGAGAUGACGGACACCUCCAUGGACACCGUGGGCCAACCCCUCCGUGAUGUGAUGGACCGGCUCAAUGGGUCUUUAGAUAGGGAGGAGGCCUGGGAGCACCGAGAGGAGAAAAGCAGUGAAAGCUGUGACCGGAACCCCGAGCCCCCUGCACAGCAGCCCUUUCGAGAGGAUUCAGAGGGCGAGCCACCUGACCCAGCUGCAGGAGAGACGUCUCUCUCCCAUCUGGCCACAAGCCACAACUUUCUGCAGGCCUCUCCUACAGACUUAUGCUGCUUUACCCCCAACAGUUCAGACUCUACUCCCACUGGUGGUAGCCACUAUGACUCUCCAGAGCAUAGCCAAUCGCAGACUCUUUCAGGUGGCCUUGAAGUUGAAGGAGAGGCAAAAGCGUCAGCAGGACAGGAGCCCGACGUGAAGACCGGGGAGCAAGGCACUGAGGAAGGAGAGGAAACCGACAAAAAAACAUUUACCAUGGAAGCAGAAAGUUCUCAUCCUGCAGAGUUUAAGGUGGACAACAAUCACUUGCUUCUUCUCAUGAUUCAUGUAUUCAGAGAGAAUGAGGAGCAGCUCUUCAAGAUGGCAAGAAUGAGCACAGGUCACAUGGAGGGGGACCUGCAGCCCCUUUACCUGCUGCUGACUGACUGUUACAUCUACCUUCUUAGGAAGGGUGCAGCAGAGAAGCCCUACACAGUAGAAGAUGCUGUUUCUUAUAAUGAGCUGGACUAUCUUUCGGUGGGCCUUGACCAACAGACAGUGACGUUGGUUUGCACUAACAGACGAAGAACAUUCCUGUUGGACACAGCUGAUGCCUCCCUGACUCUGUGGCUCUUGUCUGUUCUCAAGUCAGCCAUGGUGAAGGGUUGCCGUGAGCCACCUUACCCCUCUGUGCUGACUGAUGCUACCAUGGAAAAACUGUCUCUCACUAAGUUUGUUUCCCAGGAAUCUCACUGUGAGGUAUAUGAAGUAUCUAUACAACUAUAUUCACUAGUCCACUGGGAGGAUCCUAUGGACAUUACUUUGUCACCCGAGGGUGGCCCACUGAACUCUGGACUACAUUCCAGUAUCAAGGAAGGGGCUCUGCAGUACCGGGCAGGAAACACCUACCUGGGCAAAGAGCUGUGGAAAAGCUGCUACCUCGUCCUUAGCAAGGGAAUUCUGUACCUGUAUGCAGAAAGAACUGAUGUGACACCUCUGCUGUCGGUCACUAUGGGAGGAGAGCACUGUGGAGGCUGCCGUCGUUCAAACAGCACAGAGCGCCCCCACGCCUUCCAAGUCAUCCUGACAGAGCGACCGCCAUUGGAGCUCAGUGCCAACAAUGAGCAGGACAUGGCCGACUGGAUGCUGCUGCUCUGCCAAUCCGUCUCCAAAGGGCCGGCUUGCUUGCAGGUCAUCCCUCAAGGUGUGGCCCCCACUCCAUGUAUCCCGUGUUGCCUGGUGAUGACAGACAGGAAGCUGCUAACUUGCCAUCAGGAUUGUCAGACCAGCUUCUUUCGUUCACUGGGCAGCGCCGAUAUCUGUGAUGUCACUUUUGUCAGCGUAGAGGCAGACAAGGAGUACUGUGUCAUUGAAUUUGCAGCAGAUCGGACCCAGUUUCUUCCUCCGUGGGUGUUGUACUUCAGCAGCUGUGAAGAAAGAGAUCGACUGCUGGACGUGUUAGACCACACGUGGAAGGCCAUUUUCCAGGUUGACCUACCCCACAAAGAAGUGCUGGAGCCGUCUGUGCAAAAGCGUUGUGGUGAGGCCAUCGCCCUGAUGAAUAGUGCCUGGCAGAGGGCAGACAGUCUGGCUCGAGGCAGAGCCCAGCGUGAACCCUGGUGCUGACAGACACACACAUGCACGCAUAUACUUACCUGUGUGUAGCCACUGAGAAAUACUGAUCAGUCUGAUAUAGUUCCAGGAUAGAUCGAUUUAACUCUGGCAUACAGUCUGUGUCGCUGUAAACUAAGUUCUAAGCUCUACGCUCAAAACCGGACGUGGUUAUUGGUUGUCCCACUACUGCGUGGGCUUGUGAUGCAUCUAUAAAUCACUGAUAAAAUGUUUCUAUCAAAGAACUUCCUGCAGAAGUAGCAAAGCAUAUUGCAGAUUGCCGUGAUGCAACCGAAAGACAUUCGCACUUGAAAUUAAAUGAAGAAUUUUAACAGAACGAUACAACAGAUUUUAUUUAAUCCAAAUCAUACAUUGCGAUUGUUCCUUUUUUUUAAUGAAUAGCAGCAUUGCAGAACAAAUACACUGAAUUAAGGAAAAGUUUAGGGUCAUGUGUAAUAUUUUGUACUCCUUUUUUUGGGGAGGAAAUGGUGUUGGAUAAUUAUAGAAUGCACACGUGCAGUAGGUGUGUCGGGAACACUUUUGGUACCAAUAUUUAGUACAUUGUGCGUUUAAAUAUAUCCUGGUGAAUUGACUUUGAGAUGUAAACAGAACUGAACAUGAUUUAACAAAUAAAGUAUUUAGUCCAUUGGGGUAGUUACUAGCAUCUUCCCAACAAUUACUUUAAAAUGAAUCAAUGUGAAGGAAGCUAUAAACUGCAUGCAGCUUAUGCUUGUUUUGGAUGUAGAAAAGUUCACACUCCUUGCCUUGGACACACAGAAGUAAAGCUAUCUGAUCGCACAAGUCACACAACUGUGUAGAGAAAAAAAUCACUCUUUGCUUAACAGUCACAAGAUGUACUACUUAAUCCAAGCUAUCGUACAAUUAUAGAGCAAAUGUACAUCGCUACCGUAUCAACACAUUAUCAGUCACUAAUGGUUGUGUACGUGUCUGAUAUUCAGUUUUGGUUUUUCACGUUUUAAAUUAACUUAGCGCAAUAUGAAGAUUAUUUGGAUAUUGUCUGAGAUCUUGCAAUACCUCAGAUAAAAAAUAGAAAAAACUAUCAGGAAAUUUGCCUUUUUUCUCCACUCUGUAGAGACGAGUGGUAGCUUCCAUGCAGAAUUGCACAUUGUUUUUUCUGUUAGUCUUUUUUUUUUAAAGGAAUCAGUUGCGGUUUUGCAUUAAUAUCAUAACAUCUAUUUCCAUUAUAGACACAUUGUUACAAACUUCAAUUGAGUGGUGGCAUUGGGAUUGAUUUGUGUCUGCAUUAGCAAACAUAUUAGUGCAGCACAUUACAUUUUGUGUGAGUAAGUAUCAAGUAAGAAUUACAGUCUGUGUGAAGAAUCCGUUACCGAAUGAGAGCUACAAGCUACCCUGGCUCAUCAUUAUUAUUUUGCACCAGUGGUUGGAGGCAUCGUACUGUACUGUACUUUAUGAUCGGGCCUCUCCACUAAAUUAGAACAUCCUUUAUUUCACUAGUCAUUUAGUGCUGUAAGACCAUGUUGAGGUUAAUAGAAUCCAUAAAUAGCCUUUUAACUUAGAUCUAGUUUAGCAUCGGUUCUUAGCAGAUUAAUGCUUUUAAAUAUUCUUUAAUAUCAUCCAAUAUUAAAGCUGUACUU